UCAGGAGCUGCUCUUAAAUCUUUCCGCUAUUUUACUCGACCCCGCUAUCCCGUGACUGCCUCGUGCCAUCCUUGUGAAUCCUUCUCCACUCUAUUUUCCGCUUUCAAGAAUCUCAGCUAUGGGGAAGAGCUAUCCGACAGUUAAUGAGGAAUACCAGAAGGCUGUUAUGAAGGCGAAGAGGAAGCUCAGAGCUCUCAUUGCUGAGAAGAACUGCGCUCCUUUAAUGCUUCGUCUCGCAUGGCACUCUGCCGGAACGUAUGACGCUAAGACCAAGACGGGAGGGCCCUUCGGUACGAUGAAGCACGCAGCGGAGCUCGCACACGGUGCUAACAAUGGCCUUGACAUCGCCGUCAAGCUGUUGGAGCCGAUUAAGGAACAGGUGCCGAUCCUUUCCUACGGUGACUUCUACCAGCUUGCUGGAGUUGUUGCCGUUGAAGUGACCGGUGGACCCGAGGUUCCGUUCCAUCCUGGCAGAGAGGACAAGCCUGAGCCGCCGCCUGAAGGCCGCCUUCCUGAUGCCGGAAAAGGUUGUGAUCAUCUGAGGGAUGUUUUCUACACGAUGGGUCUCAGUGACCAGGACAUCGUUGCUCUAUCUGGUGGCCACACUCUGGGAAGAGCUCACAAGGAGCGAUCUGGAUUUGAAGGUGCUUGGACAGCAAAUCCUCUUGUCUUCGACAACUCUUAUUUCAAGGAGCUCUUGUCUGGAGAGAAGGAAGGGCUUCUUCAGCUGCCAUCUGAUAAGGCGCUUCUGACUGACUCUGUCUUCCGUCCACUUGUCGAAAAAUACGCUAAGGAUGAAGAUUCCUUUUUUGCUGAUUAUUCCGAAGCUCAUCUGAAACUCUCAGAGCUAGGAUUUGGCGAUGCUUAAAUUCCCCAGAGGAUGGAUGAGAAGUAGAAGAAAAGAAGAUCAAACGCCGACGCUCGUAUGCUUUAUUUUCCUGGUUUUGAUUUCAUUAAAAUCGUUGGCCCUUUGAAGUUGUUUUGUUAAGGAUCUUUGUUGGUGGUGGCUCAUUGCUCCUUUUUUUGGCUGUAGUUGAAUUGGAAUUACACAUUAGUUUUCUUUUGAAAAUAAUAUUUUUCACCCACCA